AUCUUCCCUUCUCUGAAUCUCUGACCCGAUAGUCAAGUCACAAAAUCUGCAUGUGUACGUACUCUCUUUUCUUUUCUUUAAAUGCUCUCUCGUCACAACAAUAGAAAGAGAGAAAGAAUCCUCCCUCCUCUGCCCCUUUUUCAGGUUUUCAGUUUCAAUUAAAGAAAAAGCAAAUUAUUCACCAUAAUAUAAAGUCAGAAGAACGGACCAGAGAUUCAAUGCUUUUUUUUUUCCCUUUUUAAUAUCUUUGGCCUAGCCUUAAACGAAGUAACACAUCACAAAAAUUAGACCCAUGUUUCGUUUCUUGUUGCUGCUUCUUUAUAGCUGAUUUGGUGGUGAAAAAAUUAUGGCUAUUCAAGCACAGUUAUAUACAGAUAAUUUUGGUUUUCCUUUGGGUGGUUCGCAAGAUUUGAUGGAGAAUGGUUGUGGAUUUAAUCAGUUUUCUUUUAGUCCUCAACAGCAACAACACCUUCAACAAAAUUUUCAACAGCAGUCGUUUCUGCAAAUUCUGCCGCAGAAAAACAAUCAGAAUUUGAUGAACAUUGUUCCUAAACAGUACAACAACGGAACUGAAUCGACGCCUUUUUCUCAGUGUAUAGCGUCACAGUUUCAGAAACAGAGUAUUGAGAUUGAUCAGUUCAUCAGUUUACAGAAUGAAAGAUUGAGAUUGGUUUUAAACGAGCAAAGAAAGCAACAGCUGACAUUGAUCUGGAGAAAAUACGAAGCAAAAGUUCAAUUUCUUCUAAAACAGAAAGACGAAGAAAUCGCUAAGGCAGCAAACAGGACGAAAGAGUUGGAAGAAUUUUUACAAAAGAUGGAGAUAGAGAACCAAACAUGGCAGAAAAUAGCUCGACAAAACGAAGCCAUUGUCGUUUCACUAAACAACACAAUCGAACAGCUAAGAGAAAAUGGUGUUUAUUGUUUAACAUCAGCAAAUGGAGCAGCAGCAGCAGAAGAUGCAGAAUCAUGCUGUGAUUUUGGCCAUGAAAAUGAAAAGGAAAAUAGGGAAGAAGAACAAACAAGAAAAAUGAAGUGUAAAAGCUGCAAUUCUCGUAAAAUGUGCAUGAUUUUCUUGCCGUGUAGACACCUUUCUACAUGCAAAGAUUGUGAUUCUUUUCUUACUCAAUGUCCUGUUUGUGGAAUAGCGAAAAAAGCAAGUAUUGAGGCUUUGAUUUGACAAAAAAAUAGAUGAAAAUUGAAAAAACAAAAUUAGUUAAAUUCAUUAAUUUCUUUGUGUAUUUUUUUUAACCCUUUUGUCAGGGGGAUUUUGAUUUGAUCUUUUUUUGGUGUACUUUUUUGACGAAAUCCUCUGACUGAUGAAAUGAACAAAAGUGAUAUGAGUAGUGUACAUGAAAUGAGUAUCUUUUUUUUUUUUUUU